UCCUUGACUCUUUGAAAUUUCUUUAAAUAUCUCUCAAAAAGGGGUGUACUCAGCUAGUGACAACACUUUUCAAAGCAAGAGAGAUCAGUCAUGGCAGUGCAGAGUAGCUUAUCCAUUGAUAGUGUAAAAUAUGAUGAUGAUGGUCACAUAAAACGAACAGGAACAUGGGUGACUGCAAGUGCACACAUAGUGACUGCUGUAAUAGGAUCUGGAGUGUUGUCAUUGGCAUGGGCUGUUGCACAAUUGGGUUGGAUUGCAGGGAGUUUUAUUCUCAUACUCUUUUCACUCAUCACUCUCCUCACUUCUUUUUUACUGGCUGAUUGCUAUAGGUAUCCUGAUCCUAUUCAUGGAACCAGAAACCACACCUACAUGGAGAUGGUCAAAAAUAUUCUAGGAGGAGUUCAAUACAAGUUGUGUGGGUUGGCUCAGUACACAAAUCUUGUGGGUUGUACCAUUGGUUACACUCUCACAGGAUCCAUUAGCAUGGUGGCAAUAAGUAAAUCCAAUUGCUUUCAUAAGAAAGGGCAUUUGGCGGACUGCAAUAUAUCCAACUUUACAUUUAUGGCCAUUUUUGGAAGCUUUCAGAUUUUACUGAGCCAAAUUCCAGAUUUCCAUGAACUUUCAUGGCUCUCUAUUGUUGCUGCCAUCAUGUCUUUUGGUUAUGCUUCCAUAGGCAUUGGUCUCUCCAUAGCGAAAAUUGCAGAACGAGGACACCAUGUCGAGACAGGCCUUACGGGGCUCAUUGUUGGAGUGGAUGAGACAGGCAUGCAGAAGUUGUGGAAUACCUUCCAAGCAAUUGGAAACAUAGCUUUUGCUUAUGCUUUCAGUAUGGUAAUUGCUGAGAUACAGGACACAAUAAAAUCAAGCCCACCAGAAAAUAAAGUCAUGAAAAAAUCAGCCUUCACUGGGAUAUUAAUCACCACAUUCUUUUAUGCAUUAUGUGGUCUUCUAGGUUAUGAAGCAUUUGGGAACAAGGCACCAGGAAACUUCUUAACCGGAUUUGGUUUUUAUGAACCAUUCUGGCUCGUUGAUAUUGGUAAUCUUUUCAUCAUUAUUCAUCUAGUAGGAGCCUACCAGGUAUUUGCACAACCCAUAUUUUCUAUUGUGGAAAGUUGGGGUAAUAAGCGUUGGCCACAAAGCAAAUUUAUGACAAAAGAAUAUCAUGUAAACAUUCCAUUAGUUGGCAUAUGGAGAAUGAAUAUGUUUAGGUUAAUUUGGAGGACAAUGUAUGUGAUAUUCACGACAGUGAUUGCUAUCAUAUUACCAUUCUUCAAUAGCAUUGUGGGAUUGCUAGGAGCCAUAUCCUUUUUUCCAUUGACAGUGUACUUUCCAACAGAAAUGUAUCUGAAACAAGCUAAGGUUCCCAAAUAUUCUUCUAUAUGGAUUGGAAUGAAACUUCUAAGUGGGUUUUGCUUGAUUGUCACUCUUGUUGCUGCAGUUGGAUCAAUUGUAGGAAUCAUCACAGACCUCAAGACCUCAACCCUUCCAUUCUAGUCAAUCCCCUUCUUGUUGAUC